AUGGGAAACCAAAGCAGCAGAAUCAGUGACCUGCUCUUACGAGCCCUCGACAACCUUUCUCAGGAAGACUUUAAAAGAUUUAAAGACAAACUAUUACAUUCUGACUUUGAGGGGAAAGGUAACAUCCCCCGAGGUCGGCUGGAGAAUGCCGACAGGAUAGAUACGAAGAACCUUCUGAUGGAAUUCUAUAGUGGAGACGCUGUGGUAGAUGUAACCAUAGACGUUUUCACUCAGAUCGACCUCCGAGAGUCUGCUGCAAAACUCAGAGAAGAAAGAGAGAAAGAGUUUCAUCAGAGUCAAAACCCAUCAGAGUUGUCAGCAAAAGGUUACCAGAAGAAGUAUAAAGAAGAUAUUAAAAAGAAAUACAAGCUAAUAAAAGACAUGAACAGUCGUUUUGGUGACUAUAUGAUUCUAAACAGAAGAUACACAAACCUGACUAUUGUAGACAGACCUCGUCAGGCAAAGGAGAGAGAACAUGAAAUAACGGCCAUGGGAUGGAGACAUGCAGAAGUCAUGACUGAACGAGCUAGUUCUGCAGUUACACUGGCCACCCUCUAUAAACCUGAUAAAGAUGGACAAACACCACAAGUCGUUGUGCUGCUGGGAGCUGCUGGGAUUGGGAAAACAAUGACUGCAAGAAAGAUCAUGUACGAUUGGGCAGCUGGGGAACUCUAUAAGGAAAAGUUUGAUUAUGUUUUCUACAUAAACUGCAGGGAAAUGAACCUUCUUAAUGAGCAGGGAAGUGUGGCUGACAUGAUUUUUAAAAGUUGGCUUAAUACAAAUGCACCAGUUAACCACAUUCUGGUGAAUCCAGAAAAACUCUUGUUCAUAAUAGAUGGGUUCGAUGAACUGAGAUUUUCCUUUGGUCAGCCUAAAGAUAAUCUGUGCACUGAUCCCUGGGAGAAGAAGCCAAUGGAAAUCAUCCUGAGCAGUUUAUUUAGGAGAACAGUUGUUCCUGAAUCCUACCUGAUGAUCACUACAAGACCAGCUGCCCUGGAGAAACUCGGGCAAUGUUUGGAAUGCUCACGUUAUGCAGAGAUCCUGGGGUUUUCUGAAGCUGAGAGGGAGGAAUAUUUCCACAAGUUCUUUGGAAAUGAAAACCAAGCAAGACAAGCUUUACAAUUUGUGAAAGCAAAUGAAAUUCUUUUCACCAUGUGCUUUGUCCCCUUCAUAUGUUGGAUCAUCUGCACGGUUCUGAAACAACAGCUUGAAAAAGGUGAGAAUCUCACACAAACUUCAAAAACAGUCACUGGAGUGUAUAUGCUCUACCUUUCCAGUUUAGUCAAGCCUCUCAGCAACAAUACGAAGCAACACUUGCAUGGAAAUCUGAGGGGACUUUGUUCCUUGGCUGCUGAUGGAAUCUGGAAGCAAAAGAUACUGUUUGAGGAAGAAGAAAUCAAGAAGUUCGGCUUAGAUCAAGAAAACUCUCUCCCCCUCUUUUUGAAUGAGAAUAUUUUUCAAAAAGAAACUGACUGUGAAUGUCUCUACAGCUUCAUUCACUUAAGCUUUCAGGAGUUUUUUGCAGCUUUGUUAUAUGUCCUGGCGGAAGAUGAAACAACAGAUUCAGGGAUUCCAAAGAAAGAUGUGAAAACUUUGUUAGAAAACUAUGGAAACUCUAAAAAUUAUUUAAUGUUAACAGUGCGAUUCCUGUUUGGGCUCUUAAAUGAAGAAAGAAUGAAGGACCUGCAGGAAAAAUUUGGGUGUAAACUUUCACCUAAAAUUAAGGCAGAUUUAUUGAAGUGGGUUCAAGCAAACCAACAAACAGAUUUAAUCUUGCCCUGUGUUCAUGAGGGGAUUUAUCAAAGUUAUCAGCUUGAGUUGUUUCACUGUGUAUAUGAGAUGUAUGAAGAAGAUUUUGCAGUUAAUGCAUUGGAUCACUUCACUGAACUGAAAUUAAAUCAAAAGAAAUUUACCCAGAUGGAUCAAAGGGCUCUUUCAUUCUGUGUAAAGCAUUGUCAUAGUCUGGAGUCACUUUGUAUAUAUGACUGUACAUUUAGUUUAGAAGACCAUGAGGAAAAACUCCCAAGACGACAAAAGUGGCUAUAUCAGAAACAACGUCAGGGUAAGCCAAAACAUUCGCCUAUUUACCUGCUCUGUCAAGCACUGAAGGAUCCAAACUGUAAAUUAAAGAAACUAGA